AUGUCCGGCAACGCAACCAAUUUCACUCUAAGACGAGAACUGAUAGAAACGUUGUGUGAUCGAACUAAUGUUGCUGCUCAAACAUUCCCUCUCGAACAAUGGAUUUAUUGGAAAUUAAUCACCCCACUUUCUCCCUGGGAAGGGGGCUUUUAUGAACAAAUGAUAGGAAUUAAAAAGUCAAUUCUGAGAAAAAUGGCACGUAGAAAAUCAGUACGGGGAAACGAAUUUAUUACGGUGAUACCAGAAUGCGAAGCUAUGUUAAAUACAUGCCCACCUGCAUAUACUGAUAAAAUGGUAGACGGACGGCUCGGUCAUCAUUCGGCCCAUAGACUUCAUUACACCUUUCGCUUACGAUCUUCUACCGUCUGUGGAAAGCGGUCAAAUGUGAUCGGGAGUACUUAA